CCGAAAACCGAGCAUGCCAGCGACGUUUGAAGAGCCCGAUGAGGACGCGGACGACCCGCAGAUGUUUGAGCACAAGCUCAUCGAGCCGAUCCUUCCGUGCCGCGACCCGGUCGGCGAGAAGGGCGUGCUGAGCUUGCAUGCGCACCCGGCCGUGCGCCUCGCGAUCGCCGAGUGCCUUCAGCUCGGCGGUGACAACGAUGUGCGCAUCGUGCACGACGCCGAGGUGGACGAGCCCGUGCUGGAGCUUCUCGGGCCCGAGACGCGCCUCGUGCUGCACACGACCAACGUCAUGCGGUACCUUGUGCUCUUUGUGAAGAACCUCGAUGCGUUCUUCACGUACGAGGUCGAGCUCCUCGACGGGAAGCGAGAGUACCGGACGCUCACGAUCACGAACGCGCGGAGCCUCGCACGCGUGAACGCGAGCCACUGCCAGAUGCCACUGGCCUUGGGCAAAGGCUGGCAGUACCUCUGCAUGGAUCUGCAGAGCGUCUUGCUCGAGGCGUUUGGCACGCAGCACGUGUCGACGGUGCAGAUCCGGGUCCUCGCCACGUGCCGGCUCUUGCGCGUCUUCUUCCAGGACGUGCGCUACAGCGACGCGGAGCUCCCGCCCGACCUCUCGCUCCUCGAAGGCGCCUGAGACGCAGGAUAGAACGGUCUUGUGUCUUAAUAUCUACACUACAGACGACGCGACGCUUACUCGGGCUGCGACAGAAAGUCGUCCAUGAC